AUGCCUGGAAGACAGUGUGAUUGUUGUAAAACGUGGCAAAAAACAAAUAGUGCUUUUCGUACCUGUUCUAAUAGAAAAAUCUUAUCGAUACUUAGAAAUUCUAAAAAUUGUGAUCUACAGAGUGGUUCUAAGUUGUGUUCGAAAUGCAGAUCAUACGCAUUCCGUGUGGUUCGAGCUCAAAAUAUUCCUAUUUCAUCUUCCAUAGUGACAACAAGAGUUCAUGCUUCAACAAGUACUGCCGACGACACCUCGAAGAGACCAAAUAUAUAUUUAUCAAUACCUCGUUGUCACAACUCUAAUACGUGCUGUAUAAUAUGUAAACGUAAAAGCUACCUCAUGACUGUACCGAAAGCAGCUCGAACUCAAGCAUUUAUCGAAACUGGAAUAUAUAUUUCUUCGGGAAAAAGAUGUUGUAAAACUCAUAUUACCGGAUUGAUAUUCAGUGAAUUGGCUUUGCAAGUUUUACGCCCUGUAAGUGAGAAUACAUUAAUGUGUGAAAAAGAUAUAAAAAGUCUUUUAAACAAUAUUAGAGAAGUAGCAAAGAAAAAAGGCCUUGAUUUUGACACACCAGGACAGCUUUCCGAGUCUGAUUAUUAUACUCUCAUGGGCAUAACCAUGUCUGAUUUUAAUUACAUUUUUGAACAAAUAAGGCCCAAAAUUCGUUCCUCGAAAACAAGGUCAUCUCGUACUUGCUUGGCAGUAUUACUUGUAAAACUUAGAAGUGGUGUCUCUAAUGGUUAUUGGCGCCACAAUUCAACCGAAAUCAAGAAACCAAGAGAUGAAUAUGCCUAUACACUACAAGACGCUGCCGCUGAAGGAUGGUCCAGUAGUGAUUCAGAUGAAGAAACCAAUAAGGAAAAC